AUGUACCUGAUUUUGGUGGUGAUACUAGGCAUAAAAGAGAUGUUAGUUUUAAUGAUAUUAAACGUGUUGCUGGGUUUAUGAGCAGUUAUCAUCCUGAUGAUAUUGAAGUUGAGCGUAAAAGGAAAAAAAUUGCUGAAAAUAAUGAUGAGCCAAAAGAAAUACAUGUUGAGGUUGAAGUUGAAGUGGAAAAUGAUUAA